CCAGGCCGUACGAGCUCUCGUCUGUGACGCUGCUACUAGGUUUUAUUUGAGACAACGCUGCUGGAGUAGAUUGCAGUUGUAGAAGGGGACCUACUUUACCCACUUUGCUGUGGCCUCUAAAUGAGCCUGCAGGAGGGGGGCUAGGGGCUGUCUCCUCAUAAGCCAAGAGGCGUUGCCUUUCCAGUCUAGCUUCAGGCGACCGGGAAAUGGCCGCGGCGACGGCCAUGGCUAUGGCCAUGCUGGCGGCGCUGGCGAUCCUCGUCCUCGUGCCGUCGGCGCGAGGGCUCAACCGCGCCGAGUUCCCGCCGGGGUUCCUCUUCGGCGUCGCGACGUCUGCUUACCAGGUCGAGGGCGCGUACCUGGAGGACGGCAAGGGCCUCAGCAACUGGGAUUUCUUCACCCACACAAACUCUAGGGGAAUCGAUGAUGGACGGAACGGGGACGUAGCGGAUGAUCACUACCACCGGUACAUGGAAGAUGUGGAGAUCAUUCAUAGUUUGGGUGUCAACUCCUACAGAUUCUCAAUUUCAUGGGCGAGAAUCCUACCAAGAGGCCGGCUUGGAGGCGUAAAUUCAGCUGGAAUAGAUUUCUACGACCGCCUCAUUGCUGCAGUCGUGCAGAAAGGGAUAGAGCCAUUUGUGACACUGCAUCACUUUGAUCUGCCGCACGAAAUGGAGACCCGAUACGGCGGUUGGUUGGGCGCCGGAAUCCGGGAGGAGUUCGACUACUACGCGGACGUGUGCUUCAAGGCGUUUGGUGACCGGGUGAAGUUCUGGGCGACGUUCAACGAGCCCAACCUGUUCACCAGGCUCGCCUACGUGCUGGGCAAGUACCCUCCGGCACGCUGCUCCGCGCCGUUCGGGACCUGCGACAGCGGGAACUCUCAUCGGGAACCCUACGUCGCGGCUCAUAACAUGCUGCUGUCACAUGCAGCUGCCGUCCACAACUACAAGAAGAAUUAUCAGGCAACGCAAGGCGGAUCUAUCGGGAUCGUGAUUGCAAUGAAAUGGUAUGAGCCGCUCACGAAUACCACGGAGGAUAUCCUGGCUGCACGACGUGCUUUGUCUUUUGAGGUAGAUUGGUUUUUGGAGCCGAUAUUCUUUGGUGAUUAUCCCAGAGAAAUGCAUGAGUUGUUAGCAUCCAACUUACCAAAGUUCACCUCGGAAGAGAAGAGCUUACUGCAGAAGAACAAGGCGGAUUUUAUCGGUGUAAACCAUUACACGACAAUUUAUGUCAAGGAUUGCAUCUCUUCUCCGUGCGACCUUAACACUUAUGAGGCUUAUGAGGGGAACGCACUAGUCCUAGCUACAGGCGAAAGAGAUGGCGUGGCAAUUGGGAAACCCACUGCAUUCGAUGGUUACUAUGUUGUUCCAGAGGGCAUGGAGCAGAUCGUCAAGUAUGUUAAUCAGAGAUACACGAACACACCUGUCUAUGUUACUGAAAAUGGUUACUCGCAAUACAGCAAUAACACUAUGGACGAAUUGAUGAAUGACGGUGAAAGAGUGAACUACCUACAGGGUUAUCUCACAUUUCUCUCUUCAGCAAUCAGGAAAGGAGCAAACGUGCGUGGCUACUUCGUAUGGAGUAUCAUCGACAACUUCGAGUGGACUUUUGGUUUCACGGUAAGGUUUGGACUGUAUCAUGUGGAUUAUGAAACGCAGAAGAGGACUCCAAAGAUGUCGGCGAAGUGGUACCGAGACUUCCUCAUGGGCUCUAGGCCGACCGACCAAGUGCAGACGUUAAGAGCAGAUUCGUGAUGGUUGCAGCCAUUACCUGUAAAAAGAAACUGUCAGAGGGAGUAGUAAUUAAGAAAAAAUGUUUGUUUACUUGCUUAUCUUGAAGAUUUCUAAUGGGAUUUUUACAUACUUCCUAACCUGGACAAGAGCAGAGCAUAGCCAUAUGCAUGACAUAGUUUGUACACCAUGACACAUGCUACUGAAUCCUUCUUCAGGAUCUGCUAUAUAGCAGGUCAUUGCAGUUCCUUACAACAUGCUGCAACAAAAAAA